CCCUGCGUGUCAGCUGUGUUUUUAGCGUAGUUUCAACCCUCAUCAAGCCGCAUUGGAAAGUAUGUGUUCAGAGCUUCAGCCCAUUCAGUGACCAUGAAAAGGUUUUGUUAAAGUCCAAAUAUUCGUCGAGCCUUCAUGAAAAGCGCUGAGUUGUGGAGUAGAGUUGUCGACUGCUGGUUCAAAGGAUUAACAUUAGCUAACGUGGCUAAGCUAGCUAAUAAUAACACUGUGUCAGCGACAAGUUGAACUCGACCAGGCUAAUUGUGCAUCUCACAGUGUUGACACAGUGUUGUACUCUGGAAACUGUUACAGAUAUGCAAGUCAAGGACUGCAUCGUGUCUGCUCCGGGGAAGGCGAUCCUGCACGGCGAGCAUGCUGUUGUUCACGGAAAGGUGGCACUGGCUGUGAGUUUGAACCUGAGAACAUAUUUACGACUGAAGGCUACCAAUAGUGGUAAAGUUUGCAUCAACCUCCCAAAUAUUGACACAUUCCUCUGCUGGGACCUGUCUGAACUGAAGAGGCUUAUUCCAUAUUCCUACGGUAAGAGGGAAGAGGUGAAACUUCUGGAUACUGAACUUGUGAGGAGACUACGAGACUUUGUUGGUGUAACAAAUGGAAACUUGGAUACUUGCAACAUGGCCACCUUAUCUUUCCUCUACAUCUACCUCUCCCUGUUUGGACCAGGGGAGCUGCCCAGCCUGACGGUGUCUGUGUGGUCGGAGCUGCCGACCGGAGCAGGACUGGGGUCGAGUGCUGCCUACUCUGUGUGUUUAGCUGCAGCUCUGCUCUGCGCUAGUGGAGCCAUUCCUACACCUCUCAAAGAGUGGGAUCACACUGCCAGGUGGUGUCAGGAGGACUUGGAACGGAUCAACAGCUGGGCUUUCCAAGGGGAGAUGAUCAUCCAUGGUAAUCCUUCUGGAGUAGACAACGCUGUCGGCACAUGGGGUGGCAUGCUGAGGUUCUUGGCUGGGAAGAUAAUACCACUCAGCAGGGUGCCGUUAUUAAGAAUCCUCCUCACUAACACCAAAGUACCACGUAGCACCAAGGUACUUGUUGCCAGGGUGAAGGACAAAAUUAACAAGUUUCCCUCCAUCAUGACCCCUGUCCUUGACUCGGUUGACGCCAUUUCCUGCACUUGUGAGAAAGUCCUUUCAGAGAUGACUUGUGAACCCAUCACAGGAGAGCACUACAAUAUAUUAGAGGAGCUCAUUGACAUCAACCAGCACCAUCUGAAUGUGAUGGGUGUGGGACACCCUGCCCUGGACACACUGUGCCAGGUCACACUGGCCAGAGGGCUCCACAGCAAGCUAACAGGUGCAGGGGGAGGAGGCUGCGGCAUCACUCUUCUGAGACCAGAAACAGACUCCUUUGUUGUCCAGAGUACAGUGCAGGACUUGAAAGACCGAGGCUUUGACUGCUGGGAAACGAGUAUUGGUGGACCAGGAGUCCAGCAGCACUCUCCUCUCUCUGUUAAGGAGGAUAUUCUGGAGAUUUUAAACCAUUACUGAGACCCACCUGUGUAUGAACAAGAGGACAUAUUUGCCGUUGGGUUUUUUUUUUUUUGUCAUGAUCCUCAAGACCUGAGGUACGCUCAACUGCUGCAGUGGAUCAAGGGACAUUUUCACUCUGAGCAGAACUGGACAGAACUUCCUGAAUUAUAGAUUCUGACUGAAGUUUUGAAACUAACAAGUCAGCCGUGUCUCUAAUAAAUUACUGAUAUCUUUUAACCACAGGGACUGACAUUAUUUUUACUUUUGGGUGAGGCCUCUCAAACAUACAGUGUAAAACGGUGUAAUUAAUGAACUCUUUGUCCAGUAGAUGGCAUCAGAAUUACACAAAUGCUUUUCAAUGGAAAGGGAUUUAUGGUGAGAGGCUCUGAUAAAUUGAUUAAUGUGUAAGUUAAGCGCUGGCAGAAUUAAUUUGUAAUUAAAUCCAAAUGUUUAAGCAGCAAGGUCAGUCUAGCCUAGUGGAGUAGAUGAUCAUCUGUCAUUAAUUACUCACUUUGGCAUUGUAAAGGUUUGUAGAAAGAAUAAAGGAGAACAGAGUAAGAAAGUAGUCAAUAUGUAGAAUUUACAGAGGAAAAUAAUGGGGAAGUUAUGAAAUUAUUUGUUUGGUUCAUCAACAAAACACAAUGACUUAAUAGUCAGAUAUUUAUUUUGCUCCACAGUUCAACAAAGAUAUUGAAAGUGACUGAAAUAAUAAUCAUAAAAAUACUGUACGGACUAUUCACAUGCAAUGUAAAGCUUCAGUCUUAUGAAUUAUUAUGAAGACAGAUGUUUGCUGCUUUGAAUCAACACCUCCCUGUAUAAUGCUGCAAUGCUCUUUAUUGUGCUUUACUUUUAAUAUAAAUGCUGAAAUAUAAAAGACUUUUCUGUGAUUUUCUGCAAUCAAUUCUAUCUGUAAUGGUUUGUUUAAAUAUUAUUCUCAUGUCAGAAUGUGUUCAUUGUUCAUUAUGUUCAUUCAAUAUGUUCAUUUCUUCUGUUAGAGAGUAACUGGCCGUGUUGUUUUGCUAAUAGAGGAUGGGGAAGGGGCACAGCAGGAGUGUGUAGCCUCUCUGGAGCCUCUGGAUUAGCGCCACUAUAAUGUGAAUCAACAACAACCAGCGUCCUUCUGUGAGUCACACAUUUGUACUGACGUAUAUGCACACACACGCGCACACACACCAGCUUUCCCAAAUUCUUCUCCACCUAAUCUCUCAUCCUCCUAAGCAUUACAAAAUAUUCUGCAAAUGCCGCAGAUACAGAGGACUGAUCUGUUUAGAAUAUCCCUGAUUUGGGGAAAGGUCACUGUGGGAUUCGCAAGUUUUGAAUAUCCAUUUCAUUUUCUAUUUUUUAAAUGUCAUGAAGAUUGAGUGGUACGAAUGUGGCAGUGUACGUGAAUAAACGACAUUUGUCACCCUC